GCUUGUGUAAUUUGUUGUCGAAGUUUGCGGAAAACUUAUUAACGUAUGAAAGUCCCUUUCAUCCCAGAACACAUAUUGGGAGGUGGGAUUUUCCCACUAUAUAUAAAGCAGAAUAUAACUAAGAAGAUAACCCAGUUCCUACGAACAACAAACACACGGACUGCUGGACUGGUGACACAAGGACUAUAGGGCUGGUGCCCCAAGAAUUGUUGGACAAGUGGCACAAGGGGUUCUGGGCUAGUGCCACAAGGAUUACUGGACCAGUGCCACAAAGACUUCUGGACCAAUGCGACAAGGAUUGCUGGGUUAGUGCCACAUGAACUGCUAGACUUGUGCCUCAAGGACUGUUGGACCAGUGCCUUAUGCUGGUUAUAUCAAGACUAAGGGUGAAGUCUUUAGUUCACUACUUAGCAAGCAUAAAGAUAGUAAGAAAAAUGGCUGCACAAAACGCUACAGAGGGAAAGAGUAGUGUUGUUAGUGAGACUGAAGCAACCGAGGAACUUGGUUUUGUCAUUGAUAAACGGCCUUUCACUUCGGUAAAGGAAGGAAAAGCAGAAGUUCUUUUUCCAUCGUCACAUGAUGUCUUCUACAACCCAGUACAGGAAUUCAACAGAGACUUGAGUGUGGCUGUUUUGAGAGUUUUUGCUGCCGAAUACAAGAAACUUGAGAGAGAGAAGAAAAAGCAAGCCAAGUUGAAAGAGAGAACACUUGCUCUGAGGUCAUCAGUUUCAGAAACUGCACUAGAAAUACCCAAUGUGAGUAAUGUUUCCUCUAAUGAUCAAGAAAGGGCUGUACCAGAAGCUCCAAAUGAGAGUAAUGCUUCCUCUAAUGAUAAAGAGAGAGCUCCAAAUAAGAGUAAUGCUUCCUCUAAUGACAAAAAGAUAACUACACUAGAUGCUCCAGAUGCAAGUAACAGUUGCUCUAACAACGAGAUAAUUGCACUAGAAGCUCCAAAUGCAAGUAAUAGUUCCAUUAUUGACAAAGAAAUGCCUGGCAAAGAAGUAGUGUGUGAAGGUGAGAAGAUUUUAGUUCUCCCUCCAGGAAUCAAGGACGAAGAAGGAAUUCGCAUUUUGGAGGGCUUAGCAGCUUCAGGCCUGCGAUCCAUUCGUUAUGCAAAAGAGGUUGGAGGUGUGAAGGAGAUUAUUGCCAAUGAUAUAUCAAGCCAGGCUUUAGAGUGCAUGAGGCACAACAUUGAACAUAACAAAGUAGCGGAGCUAGUUUAUCCAAGUCACAGUGAUGCCAGUAUGGUAAUGUAUCAGCAUCGUGAUCCCAGCAAAAGAUUUCAUGCAAUUGACCUGGAUCCUUAUGGGUCUCCACAUAUGUUCCUGGAUGGGGCCGUGCAGUGUGUUACUGACGGAGGCAUUCUUUUGGUCACAUGUACAGACAUGGCUGUACUCUGUGGCAACUCCCCAGAAACUUGCUACACCAAAUAUGGUGCAUUGUCUAUCAAGAGCAAAGCUUGCCAUGAGAUUGCUCUGAGGAUUGUCUUGCAGUGUAUUGAAUCACAUGCCAACCGUUAUGGCCGUCACAUUGUUCCACUUCUUUCUAUGAGCGCUGACUUUUAUGUCAGAGUUGUGGUUAAAGUGUUCACCAGCAAAGUCAGAUGUAAGGAGACAUUCUCAAAGGUAUCAUGGUUGUAUCAGUGCGUUGGUUGUGAAACAGCGACAUUGCAACCUUUGGGCCGUAUUGUCAUCAAUGGCAAAAGUGUGAAAUACCAGCUGUCAUCUGGUCCACCUAUAAUGGAAGCUUGUUUUCAUUGUGGUCACAGGCAUUUAGUUGCAGGGCCAAUAUGGUCUGCGCCUAUUCAUGAUAGAGAAUUUCUGAAAUCCCUGAAAGAAUCCCUAGUUGAGGAUGAUUUUACCACUUUCAGACGUUUGUUUGGGACACUGACAAUGAUGGAGGAAGAAUUACCAGAUGUGCCUCUCUUCUAUGUUUUAGACAAAUUAUCCAAUGUUGCAGGUAUCAACCCGUGCAAGAUGGUGCAGUUCCGAUCUGCAUUACUUAACGCUGGGUACAGAGUCUCCAUGUCCCAUGCAGGCCAAGUGAGCAUUAAAACAGAUGCUCCGGCACAAGUAGUUUGGGAUGUUGUCCGAGCCUGGGAAAAGUUACAUCCGGCCAAUAGAGCAAAAAUGACUGAUGAUAGACCAGGGAAGAGAAUAUUAGAGAAAGAAAUUAAAACUAAGAUAAGUUUUGAGCUUCACUCAGAUGCUAAUCCUGAAUCAAAGAAACGAGAGCUGUUGCGCUUUCAGAUUAAACCAGAAAAAUACUGGGGGCCUAAAGCUAGAGCAAAAACCAGCCUAUUCAGCAGUGAUCAGGAGGAAAAGAGAUCACGUAAUCAAGGAAAGAAAAGAAAAUGUCAUAGUGAUGAUAAUCAUUUGCUAAAUAAAAUGUCAAAGGAUGAAGUUAAUCAUCAAAUAAAAGAAUAAAACACAUCUGAUUUGUUUGUGAUUUAUUUUUGUAUAUAUAUUUCAUGAGAAUUCCAUAUGAGAGAAAAUUCAGCAAUAUACAUUUUUAUUAAUUAAUUACACUCCUGGAUAACUGUGAAAAUCAUAUUGAGCAAGUGCAGUUUAUUGUUUAUAAUCAAUUUAUAUAUAAAUGUUAAAUUUAUAUAUGACAAUAUAUACUGUAAACUUUAUACA